CGUUGCGUCGUAUUUGGUCAUUGUUGCCAGACGAUACGAGCACCACUGCAUCCAUCCAUCCAUCCGCUUUGCUAUUCCCGUUUUGAUGUCGUGAUUUUGAUAUAUCGAUCGAAUGCUUAGUAUGCUGCAGUUUUAGUAGCGGUUAGAGGUUGCGAGUGGCACAUCAGCAAAACGAAAAAUGCCGCCUGCGGGGUCAAAGAUGGAUAAACAAAAGAAGCGUGGAGGAUUUCAGGCAAUGGGGCUCAGCCAACCAGUGAUGAAGGGAGUACUGAAGAGAGGAUACUUAGUACCAACCCCAAUUCAACGUAAGACAAUUCCACUCAUCUUGGAAGGUCGUGACGUGGUUGCUAUGGCACGUACGGGAAGCGGCAAGACGGCUGCUUUCUUGGUGCCCCUCCUGGAGAAGCUCAAGUCCCACGUACCACAGACAAGGGCACUAAUCCUUUCCCCAACGCGAGAACUUGCUCUGCAGACGAACCGCUUUACAAAAGAGCUAGGCAAGUUGACGGACUUGAAAAGUGUUGUCAUCCUGGGAGGGGACAACAUGGAAGAUCAGUUUGCAGCCAUCCAUGAGAAGCCAGAUAUUGUGAUAGCCACACCUGGUCGCUUACUGCACUUGCUCCUUGAAAUGGACCUCAAGCUCACUUCUGUAGAGUAUGUCGUUUUUGACGAAGCUGACAGGUUGUUUGAGAUGGGAUUUCGUGAGCAGCUGCAAGAGAUUUUGCACCGUUUGCCGGAACACCGUCAGACGGUACUCUUCUCCGCCACGCUUCCCAAGAUGCUAGUGGAUUUUGCUCAGGCUGGUCUCAGUGAGCCUGUCCUGGUGCGUCUUGAUGUGGAGUCCAAGCUCAGUGAGCACCUGAAGACAGUUUACCUCAACUGUCGAACUGGAGACAAAACUGCAUUGCUUGUCCAUCUCCUGAAACAUGUCGUGAGGCCAGAUGAGCUGACGGUUGUCUUUGUAGCUACCAAACACCAUGUGGAGUAUCUGCGGGAAGUACUGGAGAAAGUAGGAAUAGGAUGUGCCUACGUCUAUAGCAGCCUGGACCAGGCAGCGAGAAAGAUCAAUGUUGCAAAGUUCCGUGCCCGUAAGAUUCCUGUCCUCCUGGUGACGGAUGUGGCAGCUCGUGGCAUUGAUAUUCCACUGCUGGACAAUGUCAUCAACUAUCACUUUCCCCCCAAGGCAAAACUCUUCGUCCACCGCGUAGGUCGUGUGGCCCGCGCUGGACGGAAGGGAACGGCCUACUCACUAGUGGGACCAGAUGAAGCUCCCUAUCUACUUGACCUGCACUUGUUUCUGGGACAGGAUAAUGAUGGUGGCUGUGUGCCGCAGUCUGUCAUAGAUGAAGAAACAGAAGCUCUCCAAGCAUUCUGCACUGCUGACCUGAAAAAUUUGGAACGCGUCUGCGAAAAUGCUAUGAAACAGUACAUAAGGUCUCGACCCUCUCCUUCGGCGGAGUCAGUGCGUAGGGCCAAGCAUCUCUUUGGAUCAGGCUUGUGUGAUCAUCCGCUUUUUCUCGAUUCUGCAACGGCUGAGGUCGAUAUAUUAGAAGCUGUCAAGAACUUCAAGCCUCGCAGUACAAUUUUUGAAAUUGGGAGCACAGCAAAGAACACAUCCUUUUCAAUGAUGAAGAAGAAACGUCAGAAGCAUGACAGCCUCAUUCAACAACCCGAGGAAACUGGAAACAAAGUCAAGUUGAGACACAAGAAUUUCAGGGAUACCGAAUUCUACAUUCCACAUAUAUCCUCGGACUUUCACUCGGAAAGAGGGCUGAAGAUGGAGAAGAGCUUUGAACAGGAAGCAUCUGACGCAGUGUUAGACUUGACAGCUGACGAGAACCAAAGGCAUAGUAAAAUGAAAUGGGAUCGCAAGAAGAAGCGCUACAUCCAAGAGGAUGACCCAAAGAAGAAGAAAAUACGUACCGAGAGUGGAGUCUGGAUUCCAGCUUCAUACAAGACCAACAUCUAUAAGCAAUGGAAAGACAAGUCCAAGGUGGAUGACAGAGAAGAUGUGCCCAAAAUGUCAGCCUGUGAACAACUUGGCAAAAAACACCGUGGACCUCCCAAAAAGAGUGGGUUUCGUAGGGAGCUGCGCACAAAAGAGGAGAUCUUGAAGAGUCGACAACGCAAGGCACGCCUCGAUGCCCGAAGAAAACACAUCAAGAAAAGAAAUUAAUCUCUGACUGUACAUGACCAUUUUAAUGCAUCUGUACAUGAAGAAAGCAAUAAAAAAAACCUGUACAGAG